AUCAGAUCACACCUAUAACAACAAAAUUCCCCAUCAUCAAACUUCACACGAAAUCUUGCUUGUCACACAAUAUUAGAUGAAUGGGCCAUCAACUAUAUCAUUAACAUCUCCACUUCCCCAGACGCCUUACAGGUUGUCCUAGGAUCCGAAGUGGUGCCAAGCGCUUCCAACGGUCUUCGGCAAGAUAUGCAAAGAAAGGGAUGUCAGCCCUGUUGACUACAAUCAAACGUUCCCAAGUACAUGAGAACGUAAGUAUCUUUGUAUCUAUACCCCAGCCUCACACGGUGAUCUUAUGAACCAAUCCACACGCGAGCCUGCAGCUCCCUCCGACACCUCUCUCGCGCAACAACCACCUAAAAACUUCUCGAACCUUCCCGACCUCGAAGAUUUCUCUGCAUUCUUUACCUUUCCCGCGCACUCACCCCCGACCAUCCAUCCAAUGUCUAAGCGUGUAGAUAGACAAGAAAUCGAUCCUAACGCGAGCUUUCAACUCUCACAUAAUCACCCAUCGACUACCGACACGUCUACCCUCAAAUCCGAGAUUCCUUCGCCAGCUAGCUCGCGAAAUAAGAGACGCGCCACGGGCCCUGCAACGGCAACGAAUACUUCGGUUUUCAAUAUGCAGGCGGGUUCAUCUAUUGCAGGACCUUCUUCGGCGGGUUUAGAUGAUCCCAAUAUGGCCUCGUCGAUGGCACCACCUGCUAAAAAGAGUCGUACCAAUACUCCUUGGACACCUGCUGAAGAGCAGAGAUUGAAGAAUAUGAGGGAUGCAGGUAAUAGCUGGGCGGAUAUUGCAAAGACUUUCCCAGCAAGAACUGAAGGAAGUGUUAAGAAGCACUGGUACAAGGACAUGCAUUAUGCGGAAUUCGCGGAAGAUGAGAGUCAGGCUUUGCUCGCGGCCAUCAAGGAUUACGAGGCGAAUAAGUGGAAGGCUAUUGGACAGAAAGUUGGAAAACCCGCCAAGGCUUGCGAACAGUACGCCAAAGAUAAUUUUGGCGGGAAAAUAUAAGGGGGGCGCUGGAUGGAAUCGGGUGGGAUACUUUUGGCGUGCUAUUUUUUUUUCUCUCUCCUUUUUUUUUCGUUUCUUCUUCAAAAUAUUUCAUUUCGGUACAUGGCUUCGGAAGGAAGUACAGGAUGUUGGCUUGGGUAUUGGAUUGGCUCGGCUCGGCUCUUGGUUUGAUAUCAUUUGGUUUGAGGAGAAAGUAAUCUUAGCUUAUUUUAUAUGUACAAGCUUGCAUGGAUGUUUAUUUGUCCAUUGAAUUUAUGUUGAUCUUUUCGUGCGCUUCUGUCUUUUUGGGUUUGCAACUUCUAUGCUUGGAUUGGAUUGGAUUGGGUUGGCUUGGUGGGUUUAUUGCAUGAUUGGUGGAUGGGUGGAUGGUGGAUGGAUGGAUGGAUCGUGGAUGGAUGGUAGGAUGGACGGAUCAUGGUUGGAAAGAAAGGCGCGUUUCUAUAUCACUAUUAAGGCGUUUGAAUAAGAGCUCCUCUCAUCUCA